CGGCGGGCGGCCGGGAUCCGGAAGUGCGGGAACGUAGGGGAGCGGGGGCCGGGCCGCGGGGCUCCGCGCUCCCGACCACCGUCCGGAUCCGCCUCCCGGGCCCUCCCCGGAAGCCAGGGAGGGCGCGCGGGCCCCGAGGAAUUAAAGAUGGACUCCUGUUGAUGACAAACGGACCUACAGUUUCUGCUGUGAGAUGAGAGAGUGGGAUUUGCUGUCCUGAAGUCACUAAGCUUGGACCCUGGUUCCUCUUCAUGAGAGACUAAAGAGAUGGAAGCCUUAAAGUCUGAGAAUAAAAAGAGGGUGCUGCCCACAUGGAUGACAGCCCAGGUGGCUGAAAAGAGGGCGGUGCAGGUGAAGACCCCCAAGAGGAGACCAGCCACGGUGCCAGCAGCUGCAGCCAGAUUUCCUGCUGUGAGGACUGUGUACUGCAUGAAUGAAGCCGAAAUUGUCGACGUUGCUCUGGGGAUCCUCAUUGAGGAGGACCGAAAACAGGAAAAGCCGUUGGAGCCGCCACCUCUGGCAGGCGCUGAUAAGCCAGAGCGCUCCCCGGCCAGCCCAGCACCGCCGUCCCCAAGUCCCCACUGGAGCCGAAGCGAGGACAGUGAGGAAGAGGACCGUGGGGCAGACGGCCCUGCCCUGGGGCCCUCGGGUUCUGACGCGGCCUGCAGCAGAAGCCUCGAGGAAGACCAGGACGAGCUAAAAUACGUCAGGGAGAUCUUUUUCAGCUAAGGGACACACUUCCAGGACCUUCUGCUCAGAGCGGCUGAAGGAAGCUGGCCUUCCCCUCUCAGCCCAAGCGCUGCCCUCAGACUGUGACAGCUUCUGCUCCCAGCGUCAAGCCUCCCUGGGCUGGGUGGAUUCACCGGGGGAGGUGAGGAGUCAGUGAGCUCCCCCCAGAAUUCCUGCUCUCUGCUCUCCCUGCUCAAGGGCCUGGGAGCUCAACACUGUCUUAUUCAGGUACCUGGUUCCAGGGAAAUGAGAUCAUGGGGGUCAAACUUACUGGAACUGAAGAGUCAGCUUAAUAAUUUUCAAGGAAAAACCAGUAUGGCUGCUAUGUACACUGCAGUUCCUACGGUUUGGCCACCUUAAGGAAGAAGCCUGUUUUUAAAAUCACUUCCGUCACGUGUCAGUUGGUCAGUGAGCCCUUGUUGGUCCAACCCUGAACUAGACACCUUCCCCCAGGGCUGGGCUCCCCCUUGAAAGCCUGCCUGCUGUUCCAUGUACAGAUUGGGAGGCCUCCCGACCAACCAGACAGCCCUCCUCCCCUGGGCCGCCACGUUCUGCCGCCUUUCUAGGCCUCAGCCCCUGGGCAGUUAGAAAGUAAGAGUGGGAUAGGAGCCCAAAAGAGACACAGAGGACAAGACAUCACACUGGAGUCCGUGUUUCUGCCUCUAUUCAGUGUGGCUUUGCACAGGCAUGGGAUGAGGCGAUCACGUGCUGUAGAUUGUCAGUGUAACAGAUGCUGAAGAAUACACACAGUGCCCCCGUGCGUGAGUGGUGCUCGUAU